AUGGCUUUCGCAGAUAUGCUGCAGCGGCGCAACAGGAAGCAGUUGUCGACGGCCGCCGCUUUACUGGCCCUCACUGCCUUUUCCUCAUAUGUGUUCUUGUUGAACCUGGCCCCCGUCUACGGCUCUGGUCCGUCCCAUAUCUUCCAUGGUUACGGGGUCGCCAUCGUUGCCGCUGCCGGUUGGUUCCUGAAGGACCAUGUCCAGAAGCUGUCGGCUCGCCGCGCUGUUUACCUGUUGCCUGUCAUGGCCUUCUGGAUUCCUACUAUUCAGUAUCUCUUGUUUCAGCAGAGUUCCGAGCUCGGCAACCCGACGGGACCUCUAAUCACCACGGCCAUUGCGUUCUAUCCGUUCCUGCUGCUCUCCGUGGCCUGCGCCGGGAAGUUGAUGCAGUCUGGCCUGAACCUUGACCGUCACGGUGAUCUCGUCAUGGAACAUGCUCCUCUUUUGGCCUCCUAUGUCGUUUACUCGAUCGGCGAGCACCUUGCCAAAGCGUUCACCUCCGUCACCCUGGGAGUGACGUUCUUUCUCUCCCGAACUGGCCUGCAGCUUCUCAUUGCGGGCUUGUGUUCUGCCGUUGUGCCCUCCAAGCUCUUGAUCCUGGCCAUCCCGUCCAUCAUCUUUUCCUUUACUUCCAAUGUCCAUCUGCCACUUGGCCGCACCACUGCAGCUAUGGACUCAGCCAUCCGCACCGAAGGUUUCGCCCUGGUCGCCCGUCAGGACUCUUCCACCGGGUACAUCUCCGUUCUGGAUAAUCUAGAAGAUGGCUUCCGUGUGAUGCGCUGCGAUCACAGUCUGCUUGGCGGCCAGUGGACUAAGGUCUACCGUAACUACAAGCCCGAAGUCAAGGACCCCAUCUACGCCGUUUUCACCAUGCUGGAGGCCAUUCGACUCGUGGAACCUGACAGCGGCGUGCCCCGCGUUGACGCGGACAGCAAAGCUCUUGUUAUCGGUCUCGGCGUCGGCACUACUCCCGCUGCGCUCAUCACACACGGCAUCGAAACCACCGUCGUGGAGAUCGACCCCAUCGUGCACAAGUUCGCCCUGGAAUACUUUGACCUUCCGGCCAACCACAUUCCCGCCAUUGAAGAUGCCACGGUCUUCGUCCGUCGCGCCCAGGAAUCCUCGGCCGCCCAAUACGACUACAUCGUGCAUGACGUCUUCACCGGCGGCGCGGAGCCCGUCGAUCUUUUCACCAUCGAGUUCCUGCAGGGUCUGAACGCCCUUCUGAAAGAUGACGGCGUGAUUGCCAUCAACUACGCCGGCGACGUCUCCCAAUACCCCGCCGCGCUGACCGUCCGCACCAUCGAAGCCGUCUUCCCCUCAUGCCGUAUCUUCCGCGAAGAAGUGGGCAACGCCGACACCGCCGACUUCACCAACAUGGUGAUCUUCUGCAAGAAGUCUCCCUCGCCCCUGACCUUCCGCGACCCCGUCCCGGGCGACUACCUGCGCAGCAAGUUCCGCGAGACCUACCUGAUGCCCAAGCACGAGGUCGACGCGUCGGCGUUCAUGUCUGUUAGUGAGGGCGGUCGCGCGGUUCUGAGGGCCAAGGAGACGGGCAAACUGCACAGGUGGCAGGAUCAGGGCGCGUUGCAGCACUGGGAGAUUAUGAGGAAGGUGUUGCCCGCUGCGGUUUGGGAGAAUUGGUAA